UUGGCGGGUCCAACAGAAUGUUUCUCCAAAACCCAAAAACAAAAGCUAUGUCGUUUAAAACGUUCACAAUUCUCCAAUUCAGGAAUUUGUGAUUACCAGUAAAUUUUCUGAGAGCGAAUGGGCGAAAUCGAAAUUCAACACCCCUUUUCUCUUCCACCUCCGCCGCUGCCCCCUCUUCCUCCGUCGUCUUCGUCGCGCGACGACUCCGCUCCGCCGGAACCCUCAUCUCGGGACGAUCCUUCCCCUCCUUCCGCCCCUCCUUUCGAUCCUAGCCGAAUGAUUGGGAUCAUCAAAAGGAAGGCCCUGAUCAAAGAAUUGGCAGCUGCAUAUCAUGCUGAGUGCCUCACGUACUGCCAAGAACUAUUGGAACUUCAGAAAAAAAAUGACGAGGCAAGUGAUUUUCACAAUGCUCGUAAUAUCUCAGUGCUAUUUUCUGCAUUCCGUGCUCUUUUCAUAAUUUAUUCAUUCUGCCUCUAUGUUACUAUGGAUGUGUAUAUGAUGAUAUAUUAUUCUAGGGAAGGAUGAUAAAGAACCCUCGAUUCUGACCCCAAAACCUCUUAGUACUUCAGCAUGAUGAACAUUUAUGGUUGUUGUCGUCUAUUUUCUUGUCUACCUAUGUGCUAGAUGUUAGUUUAACUAGUGUGGUGCUGGGUCUGGUUUGAGCCGGGUUCAUCUUAUCAGUAGUCUGGUUUGGGUGAAGAAUCUCUCUGGUUUUAUUUGCUUUAGGUCAUUUUAUGGCAAUGUCUAUUCUGUGGUCAGUUCUUUUUCUUUAACUGAUAAUCUAACUGAUUAGCAAAGAAAGAAAAAGAAAAUAACACUCUAUUUCUCCCACUCUGUCAGCUGAUUUUAUCUGAACAAUUUACCAGCUUGUUUCUAGUUUCAGAAGCAGAAGGUUUCGUUUCAGUCUUACAUCAACUCGACAAUGUUUUAGGUUUCUCAAAUUUGUGACACUGUGUUUCUGUAUCAUUUUAUUUACAGAAGUUACAUACAACAAGUCUAUUCUGUUUAUCUCUAUUUUUCCCCUAAUGCAAACUUACAGAAUUAGGGAUGAACAAUUCAUGCAUGAUAAAGGUAUUUAUAGAUGUGAGGGAAAGGAUAGCUUUUGAAUUAGGGGUUAGGUGCAUGACCAUCCAAUGUGAACUCUUAGGAACUUUAUGAAACAACAUUUCCAUCUACUCAAGCAAUUAGGCAAUACAAUGAUACAAUUCGAAAAUUGAGCUAUACAAGAUAGUCCUUUCAUGUCAGUAAGUUGAUUGAGAGAAUGUACAUUAUUCAUGAUAUAAAUUUUUAGAUGUGUAGAUUUUAGGGGCUUCAGGCAUUAACUUUGUCAGCAAUUGCAUGAAGCCGUAGAUAAUGACAUGAUAUAUCCUAGACAUCGAAUAGGAUAUCUCCAAGCAGCAUUACAUUAAGUUGAACCAUAGUUUUUUUUAUCUACAUAAACAAAUUCCCUAUCCGUUUGUGCAAUUUCCCCUAGAAAUCCUACCGAUUAUUUAGAAGACAUGGUGCUCAGUAGUGUUUCAUCUGAUCUUACUUGGUCAAUAAUAUCCACUUGGGUAAUUAAUAUCUUCUUUGAAAUACAUGCAGCCAUUUACAGACAUAAAACUUCCGGAGGAGCCAAGGAAAGAAGCGCUAAGACCUGCCAAACGCGUCAAGAAGUCCCGCUAGGUGUCAAUACGAGUUAAACGUCUCUUCAUCCCGAUCCCAUUUACCAAUAUCAAAAAAGCAACAUCUCAGUUUAAGAUAUAUCGAUUAAAUUGUUGGUAUUUCCUUAUUCUGGCAGGCGCAUCGUGAUCUCUAGCAAAAACCAUGCUUAGUUCUUGAAGAAGUUCCGUGCCGAAUACAACAUCAAAGUUUAGUUUCUCUUCUGAUGAUUAUAUUUAACAAGAGGGAGCUAUACAAAGCACAGCUUGUAUUAAUGGCUUCAUCAGUUAUGUUGAGCCAUGUGAUGCUGGACUACGACCUCACGACAUGUCUACUUAUUGACUAAUAGAUGUAGAAAUGGGUGUAAUUUCAAACUUUGUAGCAAAUGGGUGGUUUAAUUUGUACCAUAAUCUUGUAUUAUAAUUGUUUAUCAAACUGUGACUAUUAUAACACGAUUAUGACUUAUGAAGCAUAUUUCUUUUGUUUCAGUAAAUCCUAGAAUAUUUGUA